AUGGCGGCCCUGGGAGGUCCAACCUCAUCCUCUCUUUUCACGCGCUUAAGCAACGCAUGGCGAAUUCUUUCACUUCGGAGCGAUGUUGAUAAUAUUAUUUUGGAAUUACUUGGGACCUUUUCGCUUGAGAAGAUCUAUGCAGAUGGAGAUAAGGACACUUACCAGCAAUUGGUCGUAACACUCAUUGCCCAACUCAACACCAUCUUCCACAUCCAACGACUCUCAAUACCAUCGGAAAACCAGCAAGUCGGUUGGUAUUUAGGAUUUCUGGUCUCGUGGGAAGUCACCUUGCGAUCUGUGGAAUUCGUACUCCAAACAGUGGCCGAAGGACGGGAAAGUCUAUGGGAAGUCGGAGCUUUGCGCGACAAGUAUUUGGCCGAAUUCUUGCUCUCAGCGCUGCGCGUUCUCACACUUCAUCCAAAACCACCACCCAAGCAAACAGCCAAGGACCGUAGGGAUCGUUUCACUCGUAUACAUCGUUCUUUAGAACGGGUGUUCGACAGCUAUGGAGGAGACAAAUCUUUUCUUUUAAUGGUGUGCAAAGAAGUAACAGAUUCGUUGCGAACAGACCCGGAAUCUCUUAGUCUUCCUACUGCGCUAAGAUAUACUAUGCCAAAUUUGGCUUCAGAGUUGUAUCCGCUACCGGAAUGCCUCUCUUCACAAUGCGUAGCUAGCCUCGUGAGUACGAAUGGGUUUACGGGAGACUGGUUGUCUCAAUUCUUAGCCUUGCGAGACGUGUCGAAUUUUGUGGUUGGUGCAUCAGUCCAAUAUGUGGUCAAUGGAGAAAUUAGAGAUAUGCGCCUUCAAGCAUCAUCUGCGCGAACUCGAAACGCAGUAUUGCACGCUCUUGACAAUAUUCGAUUGCCAGGUCAUCUCUCUCGAUCCGACCUGAUCGCCACGUUUAGCGAAACGUUUCGAGUAAUUUUGCCCGAAACUCCAAGUCUUGUUCGCCGUGUAUCUUCGCAGUCACUAAUGGACGAAAGCGAGAUCGAUGCGAUUGAUGCUCUUUGCCUCAAGCUCAGUGAGAGACAGAUAAUUAGUCGAGUCAGCGACCGAGAGAUGAUGCACAGUAUGUCGGAAAUUACCAGGAAUAUUGCUCUGAUGGAUGAUCCGAGUGGUCUACUUAGGGCAUCACGGCCGAGGCUAUAUGCUGUCAACUGUGAAAAUUCUCAUUUGUUCGGUGACACGCACCUACGAAGCCUAGGCUAUACUAAAUUUCCAGAUGAAUCAGAAGACGACGCCGAGGCUAGCAUGCCUCCGAACUCAACAUGUGCAACCUGUGGAGAAAUGGUAACUAUGAUGCGCGAAGUAUCUCUAGUUAGAAAUAUUUGGGAGCUUUUGAAGCCACUGGAGCCCAAUGCUGAUACAAUUAAUGUUGAACGGCACUUACCAAAUCAGUUCCAACAAUCAGCGCCAAAAGCUGAUAGCGGCAAUUUCUUUAAUUCAUCCUAUAGUGUACUGUCAGCUGGUCACAGACCACAAAAUGUUGAUACUGCCUCUCCUCGACAUGCCUCACCAGAGCGGAACCGUUUGACUCCGCAUCCUUUACUAUCACCAGUGUCUCCUGGAUAUCGACAAAUGUCAGAUACAUCCAAAAUCGAGCCUUCAGAAGCAGCAUUUUCUAAAGAUGCCAAUUCAAUAGAACCUCAAAGAUCUAAUUCGGAAACUUCGAGACCAUUCUCCCCUGGUACAGUAGGCAGCCCUGGACCGAACCAUACGAGAUUUGAACAUUCUGUUUCUACUGUUUCUUUCGAACCGGUACCUCCUUCACGCAGCCGAACGGUGCCUUUGGUUCAACCUCCCGACAAGGGCAAAUCAAAAUGGAGAUCCAAAUUCGGCUCGAGAAAGGAGUCUGCGGGCGCCUCAGCCUCAAUAGACAACAGUUCACUCUCCUCAGCAACAUUGGAAGGACAAAGGUUAGAGGAAAUAUCGUUGAAAGAACUUACUACAAUAUCCAAAAAGAACAGUAAAGGGAAAACGUCGAAGAGUAUUAAUGUUGCAUUGUCCCAGAAUUCAAGCUAUGCUCUAUUUUGGACGCAGUCCUCAAUCUAUAUCUGGGAUAUAGGUAUGUCACCACCUAUAUUAGGACGAGCAAUCGCUACCGAUAGCACUUGCGUUCUCGCAGCAGUGUCCAAAGUGCACCUAGCUUAUAUAAUCGGAACUCGAGAUCAGAAACUCACUUUGCGAAUUGUAAAUCUCAUUCAACCGAACGUAAAUGCCGUCGAAUACCGUAUGCCAUCUUCGAUUUGGUGUAGGACAAUUGCUAUAUCUGAUAGUCAUGUUGUCGUCGGAUUCGAUAACUCUGUUGUUCGCUUCUUUUCGACCAAGAGCGCAGAAGAUUCAAGGGAAGACCGCUUACAUAGCCGGUAUCAUGCUGAGUGUAAGGAGUGCCAACCUAUCGAGACUCUGUCUUUUUCUCACGACGGGCUUGUACUGCUUGCAAGCACAAGGAGUCCUAAAAGUGGUAUGAUUCAAGUGUAUUCAUGGCGAUUUCCUUUUACAACUUUUGAGGAGAUUUCGGCAUGCAGAUAUCAAGUUCCGCUUCACGAGUCCGAGGAUGGCGGGAUAUCAUCUGCGAUAUAUCGCUCUGGAUCUGGAGGAGAUGAGAACUUAGUUUGUCUUACUAGCUGGACGCAGUCCGGUAUUCCAAUUCUUGUCCAACCUCGAGACGGACAUCGAACAGACAUUAGAACCGAAAUUUCGAAUCGGCAGAGCCGCUUAGGAAACCGAAUACAGACUGCCUGUUUCUCUCCGAGUGGAAAAGAACUUGCUAUUGUAAAUGAUAAAGGGGAUCUUUACAAGAUUGGUAACCUGAACUCGACGCCCCUCGAUAUCAAGAAGUUUGCAACUUCGAAAGAAUUGACUGCAAAGUCGGAAUCUUUUGCGAUGUCGUUUAUGAGCCUUCCCGACGAAGAAUCGAUCGUUAUGGCCUGGGUGGAUAGUACCAAGUGUGUGGGUUAUAUCAAGAAAAUACCCAUAACAGGAGUCAACGGAGCAUACACACCUCAAACUACGAAUGCCUCCGUAGUAUUCAACCAACCCCCACCAUCGAUCCCCGAGUCACCGAAAUACGAGUUACCAGCAGAUAGUAAAGAGCCUUCACCGCUACCACUACAGGAAGAUCCUGCCGAGCUGGUGUCUCCUAUGACCCCUUCGACUUCAAAGAUGAUGAAAGGACUAGGACUAUCGAAAAACACAUUCUUUUAG